UAUAACUUUGUGUAAUUUAAGGUUAUGUUUUCAUUUAAGAUUAUUUUCAAAUUCUCAUUAUAAACUUAUAAGACGUACUUAACAAGAUGUUGUCACCAGAAUUACCUAUCAAGGAGUUGUCGGAGAAGCACGACGCUAUCGUUGUAAAAUUUAUAACCGAUAUAAGAAGUGGGAAACUGGAGGGAUCAAACAAAAUAGCAAUGGCCACAGUUACAUGUUUGGAACAGAUCAUUGGGGAUCUGGAGAAUGCAACAGCACUGGAGUUGUCGUCGACGAUGCGCGCUGCGGGGCGGCGUAUGUCUCGGGCGCUGCCUCAGGAGCUGGUGGCCGUGAACAUGGUGAGGCGCGUGCUGCGGUUCAUAAGGGACGAGUACAGCGCUCAUGCCAACCUGAGUGGGGAGAGUGCUGGUGAGGGUCUACAGCGGCUGGUGCUGGCAGCUCCCGCUCGUCGGGGAACUCUAGGUCCCGCCGGCACUGACUUACGAGAACCCAUCCGAGACCAGAUUGCAGAGCUGCGCGGCGAGCUGGAGCAGAGCGUGGCGGGCGUGGUGGCGCAGGCCAACGAGCACGUGCACGCAGACGAGCUGCUGCUCACGUGCGGCGCCAGCUCCCUCGUGGAGCGGUUCCUGCGGCACGCCGCGCCGCGCCGCUACCGCCUGCUGCUCGCAGCCGGCGUGCGGCCCCGCCAGGUGACCACGACCACGUGACGACCACGUGACGAGCUGCUGCUCACGUGCGGCGCCAGCUCCCUCGUGGAGCGGUUCCUGCGGCACGCCGCGCCGCGCCGCUACCGCCUGCUGCUCGCAGCCGGCGUGCGGCCCCGCCAGGUGACCACGACCACGUGACGACCACGUGACGAGCUGCUGCUCACGUGCGGCGCCAGCUCCCUCGUGGAGCGGUUCCUGCGGCACGCCGCGCCGCGCCGCUACCGCCUGCUGCUCGCAGCCGGCGUGCGGCCCCGCCAGAGUCACGCGAUGGCCGCCCGACUGAGCCAGGCGGGCGUUCCGGUCACGGUCAUCGAAGACGCGUGCAUCUUCGGAGUCAUGUCCAGAGUCAACAAGGUGGUGGUGGGUGCGCGUGCAGUGCUGGCGGGCGGCGCGGCGCUCGGAGACGCCGGCCUCCACGCGGCCACCCUCGCGGCCAAACACCACAGCGUGCCCGUGAUCGUACUGUCGCCGCUGUACAAGCUGUGUCCGCUACACGCCUGCGACCAGCACCACUUCAACGCGCUGGCCGACCCGCACCGAGCCCUGCCCUACCAGAGCGGCUCCAGCAGCAGCGUGCACGUGUACGCACCGUUGUACGACUUCGUACCGCCCGAUCACAUCACGCUGUUCAUCACCAACCUCGGUGGGAGCUCUCCUUCCUACAUCUACCGGCUGCUAUCUGAACUCUACGAUCCAAAGGAUUACCAGAUUUAGUUCCCGGCAGCGCAAGACCCGGUUGCGCGGAUCGAUACCUGGUGGAGUUAUGGCGCAACGGGCAUGAGCCAAGGAGGCUCUAGGAGGCCCUACUCGCGGGGGGGCCCUCGCUGGCACCCGCGGUACAAGGAGUUCUGGGAUUACGAGCAAAACUAUAGCGAUGGUAGCAGCGCGGGGAGCCCCAAGGAGGCGUGUGUACCGCAGUCCCCGCCACCGGCGCCCGCCAAGAGGGACGUCCGACAUCCGCAUCCGCAUCCGCAUCAUCCGGACCAGAGGCGGCUCAGUAUAGGCGGCGGGGCGGAUGGCUCGCGUCGCACCGAACGCCGCGUUGCCGCUCCUACCGACCGACGUAGAUCAGGUACUGAUAUGCGCGUGAGCCCCGGAGCGGGCGCCGGGCCGUCGGCGGAGCCCCCGCACAUGAAUCACGCGCCGCACCACCACCAUAUGGACACGAACCCGCUGGAGGGCCCCGUGGAGUCGCUGGUGAGCGCGGCCGGCUCCUCCGACGGGGAGCUCUCCUCCAAGGCGGGAGACAGUCCCAGCAGGAAGAGGAGGCGGAUCUCCAGGCACCUGUCUUCAGGUGAAAGUAAUGUCUCAGUGGCGGCACCGGCGGUGGAGCGCCGCACGCCGCGACAUCACUACCAGCAGCCGCGGCGGAUGCGGUACGUGGGCGGCGGAGGCGGUGCGGGCGGCGGCGGCACGUGGCACGAGCGGCUACUGGAGCCGCACGUGCCGCACGCGCACCACACGCCUCUCCUGCUAGACAUCAACCAGAUGUCUCUGCGCGGGGCUCGACUAGGCGGUCUGGGCGGCGCGGGAGUGUGGCCACACCACCCGCACCCCGCGCACCACCCCCAUCCGCAUCCUCACCCCCACCCCCACCCUCACCCCGCGCACGCGCAUCGCGACCAUCCGCAGAGAACGCAGAUGGGCGGCGUGUACGCGGGGCUGCAGUACCACGGGAGCUUCGCGCCGCCCCCGCCCCCGAGGGGGCCGUUCGCCUCCCCCCCGCACCCGCCGCACCCCCACUACCUCACCAACUCGCAGCGCGCGGAGCCCGGCCGCCUGGAGCUGCUGGGCAGCGGCGAGGGGGCGCUGUCUCCGCUGCAGCCGCCGGAGCUCCACCACGCGCCGCUACUACUAGCACCGGAGGCGCGAGGCGCUCCCCUCGAUCUGAUGCCGCAUCACGCGCGGCACGCCCUCACACAGCAUCACCGGCGGAGCGGCGGCGGCGUGGGCGUGGGCGUGGGCGGCGGCGUGGGCGUGGUGGGCUCCGGAGCCCGCGCCGCGCGGCCCUACGUGCGCCACCCGCACCGCUGGCACCACCACCAGCACCACCAGCACCACCACCACCCGCACGCCCUGCACCUGCACCCCCAGGGUGGCGGGGGCCUGGUGGGCGCGCUGCCGCACGUGCAGCAGCUGCACGUGGCGCCGCCGCUGUCGCUGCCGCCGCCGCCGCCGCCCACCUACCAGGUGUUCCUGAACCUGCUGGCCAUGUUCCCGCUGUCCCCGUUCGCGGAGCCCCGCGGGGAGGAGCCCCCCGCCUCCCCCGAGACGGAGAACUACGAGGCGCUGCUGUCGCUGGCGGAGCGGCUGGGGGAGGCCAAGCCGCGCGGGCUGGCGCGGCAUCAGAUCGAGCUGCUGCCCAGCUACAAGCUGCAGCCGCACGCGCCGCGCGCGCGGCAGCAGACCUCGUGCGUGGUGUGCAUGGCGGAGUUCGAGCCGCGCCAGACGCUGCGCGUGCUGCCCUGCGCGCACGAGUUCCACGCCAAGUGCGUCGACAAGUGGCUGCGGUCAAAUCGAACGUGUCCAAUAUGCAGAGGGAACGCGUCCGAAUACUUCAACAACUCGGAGUGACUCGACGCCGCCGGCCGCGCCUGCGAGCCGGACGCCUAGCCGGACGCGGCCGGACGGUAGCCGGACGGUGCCGGACGACGCCGUACGUGACCGGACGGUCCCGGACGCGGCCGGACAGUGCCGGACGGUGCCGGACACAUCCGGACGCGGCGCCGGCACUACCGCGCACGAAGCUUGGUCUUGUGUAUACGAGUGUGCGCGUAUAAGCAAUAAUUUGUCAUAUAAAAAAAACUGGCUUCUACAAGCAUUCCGUCUCGACGUCGUGUUGUUGUCUCUUUCACACGAAUUUAGAGUUUUAUAAUGUACUUGCGGUGUUUCUUACCUUAAAAUUUGUAGCGCAAAUUUCGACUCUACUGUACAACGGGAUACGGUUUAUUUUAGCUUGUGUAUAGAGACGGAUCCCAAUACGGCACUACACGUAGCUGGUAUGUAAAGCUUUCUUACACCGAGACAGUUUUAUAGGAAACGCUGAGAAUUAUAUAUUUAUAUGGUAGAGGUAUAUGUAGGAGUGUUACCGGUACGCGAAUAUGAAUCUUAUGUGAAGCGGAUAAGGUCUAGUGCGGUAGUGUAAGUGCCAGGACGCUUCGAGUGCGAUUGCCAAAAUAUGAAUUUCUAUUAAUUAUUUCGUUUCGUCGCUUUAGUGUGUCACAGUUGGCGGCUCCCGUACAUAUGGCUGUAUACAGUUUUGUCCUUGCCCAUUAAAAAAAGUAAAUAUCGAACGUUUAAUUUAAAUUAUAUUAUCUCUAAAAACAUACAUUGUAAUUUCGACUCUAUUAUGCUACGGUUAAAGUCGAUUUUCCAAUGUAAUAUAUGUUUUAACCAAAUUGGUUGAUAGUCUUGAUUUUUUAAAUACCGUUAUUUGAAUUUCGACUUUAUAGUGUUAGGUUUAAAGUCGUGAAGUCGUAAAUUUUACAAUGUAUGCAUAGAACCCUUAAUUUUAAAUUGCAAUAUCUCUAAAAACAUACAUUGAAAUUUCGAAUUUAUAGUGUUUGUAUUUAAAGUUGAUUUUACAAUGUAUGUAUAUUUUGUUACCAAAUGGUGGAUUUAAAAAAAACAAUCAUUGAAAUUUCGACUCUAUAGUGUUAUGUUUAAAGUCGAUUUUACAAUGUACGUAUAUUUGAAUAAUGAAUAAUAUUGAAUGAAAGUCACAUGUGUAGCUUGUAUAUGAACAGCCGAGAGGCGCCGGGGCCGCCAGCGUUGUAUAGUACUGUUUGUAAUGUUGGAGUUACCGUGGCCGGUUGGAUCACAACUUUAUAAAUAUUAGUUCUAAGUGUACAUUCAUAGUCCGCGGCCUUAGUUCUGUGUGUGUGUCUGUCCGUAUACAUAUAGUGAACCUGUGUGGGUAGGCGUGCGAGUGACGCUCGGUGGCGAUACAUAACAAUACACACUUGUUUUGUAUAUAUACUAGCUGUGCCCGCCGCUUUGUUUGCGUAGCGCACGCAACUGAAGCCCUCAAAUAUGAAUUUUUGCAAUAUUUUUCAUUGCUUCGCUUCUAUUGGUCGUAUCGUAAUGUUAUAUAGCUUAAAGCCUUCCUCGACAAAUGGACUAUCCGACACAAAAAGAAUUUUUCUAUUCGAACCAGUAGUUCCUGAGAUAAGCGCAUUCAAACAAACUAACUCU